GCGAAAACUAUACGGUUUUCGCAUCGCCUCGCGGUGGACCACCUAAUGUUUAUUGUUGUGGCAAUUUUAUUGUCUAUAUUUUUGCCUUCAAUAGUGAUAAUUGUAAUUUAAAAAACGUUAAGAAACCAUGUUAGUCAAUGCGAUGGUAGGUGUGAAACUUUAGUAUGAAAAGUUCUAAGUUCGAUUGUGAUUUCUGGUUUGAAAUUGUGGAGAAAUGAAGAUUCUACAGCCAAGCUGGGUCCAUCAUGAUGAGAAAUCAAUUUUCUCGAUCGAUAUUCACCCUGGCGGGGAAAAAUUUGCCACCGGCGGCCAGGGAAAUGAUUCCGGUCGGGUCGUCAUCUGGAACUUGUUGCCAGUGGUCAAUGAGGAAGCGGAGAAGAAUAAGAAUGUCCCGAGGAUGCUCUGCCAAAUGGAUAAUCACUUGGCGUGUGUCAACUGUGUGCGGUGGAGUGGCAGCGGGACAAUGUUGGCGUCCUGCGCCGACGAUAAGUUGAUUAUGAUCUGGAAGAAAUCCGUUGGGGGAAGUUUUUUCGGAACAAGUAAAAUGGCAGAAUACUGGAGGUGUAUUUCAACGUUGCGAGGGCACGCUGGGGACGUGUUGGAUUUAGCAUGGUCACCACAGGAUCGAUUCAUAGCUAGCUGUAGCGUGGAUAAUACUGUUAUUAUAUGGGACGCGAAGCAGUUUCCCACUAUUCUGCAGGUGAUGAAGGGACACACCGGUUUGGUGAAAGGAGUAACGUGGGAUCCGGUGGGGAAGUUUGUUGCAUCGCAGAGCGAUGACAGAACGUUGAAAAUAUGGAAGACGUCAAACUUUUCCCUGUUCAAAACUAUUACGGAGCCCUUUGAGGAAUGUGGUGGUACGACACAUAUCCUGCGAUUGUCUUGGUCUCCUGACGGUCAGUAUCUUGUGUCGGCUCAUGCCAUGAACGGAGGAGGACCAACAGCACAAAUUAUCGAAAGAGAUGGGUGGAAAUGUGACAAAGAUUUCGUUGGUCACAGAAAAGCUGUAACAUGCGUCAGAUUUCACAACUCGAUUCUCAAGAGGACCGCGCCCAAGACUAACAAAUCUCAACAGUAUUGCUGCUUAGCGGUGGGUGCAAGGGAUAAAAGUUUGUCGGUUUGGUUGACAGCACUGCAGCGACCGCUGGUGGUGAUUCAUGAUCUCUUUCAGGAUUCAAUACUGGACUUGAGUUGGAGUCAUGAUGGUUACAUUUUAUUGGCUUGUAGUGGCGAUGGCCAUGUCGCAUGUCUUCAGUUUAGUGCCGAAGAGCUUGGAACGCCACUUUCGGAAGAAGACAAGAACAGUCUCUAUCAACGAAUGUAUGGUAAAGAUAUAACAUUGGAUCUCAACGCCCAAUCUGAUAAGGAUAUGAUUAUAGAGAAUGCAGAAUUUUUGAAAAUUACGCAAAACAAACUAACCGCACCUUCGUUAAUACCUGACCAAAUGCCAUCACAAACAGAGAAAACUGCCAUAGUCGUAAACAAACCCGCCCAGAAAGAAGUUCCACCAAGUGCGACUCAAUCUACUGUUAGUCAGGAAGCCCAGCGACCUAUUCUCAAGCAGAUUGAAACAAAGACAGCCGAUGGAAAGCGUCGUAUCACUCCGAUGUUUAUCCCACUGAAUGACGAUGCUGAAGCACCCGCGUCCGGUGGUGGGCAAUUUUCUAGUAGUAGUGUUAGCAAAAGCAAUAUUAUCACUGUCGAAAUGAAAGCUGAUCCGAUUGUUUCGAGUGUCAGCGUAGCGCCGAAGGACAACGAAUCGGCAAUAAAUGAUCUAGUGGAGCAAACAGUUAAGCUUGAUGUUCGGUUGAAGAAACGAGUUCCCAGUCCCCCGAGACGAGUUGAAUUCUCACCGGAAAGAUCGGUCAAGAGUUCUUCUGAUAAUCGAACAGAGGGCAGAGUACAACCGCAACCUGUCCUUUCUGGCAAGGCAAGUGUUCUGAAGGGAACAACGGUGAGAGCCUUCGGUGAUUAUCGGAUACAAUUAACGAACGAUGCCAUUAAAACUGGCUUCGGAGCCCUGUGCCGAGUGGUGGGUAAUCUGCUGACAGUACCUGGACCGGACAAAAAAAUAUGGGAAACCGUUAUUGGUUCACCGGUUGUCAGUUGUUCAAUUUCGAAAAAAUUUGUAGUGUUUUGCAGCGUGGAUGGAAGCAUUCGAUUCGCGGAUAUCCACACAGGCGCACCGAUACUCCCGAUCAUGAGUCUUACGAGUCCGGUGCUGCACUGCACGUUUAGUUCAAGUUGCAAAUUGGGAGCUGUUCUUACAGAGAAUUGCACGAUACGUGUGUGGGAUUUGGAUGAACAAUGUAUCUUCCUGAAUGCAACCUGCCAGGAUAUUAUGGGAACAAGCUUCGCAACAAUGCUUCACGUAUCCGACGAAGGUGUUCCAUUCAUCAUUCUUGCAAAUGGCGCAUCAUUUUCCUAUUGUAAAAAACUGGAGAGUUGGCUCAUCACCAAUUCAUCUGAUCCGAUCAUGCGGCAUGGGUUGUUCACCGGUAAAACAAGUGCCAACGUGCGGAACAUGAAGUCAUUUCCGCUUACAACGGUCCAAUGCUUUGCCAAUGCUCAACCAAUUAAUCCACGGAGCUUCCUAGAGAACCCAAACAAUGGUUGGCAAACCUCAGCAAUGCUCGCGUUCGUUGAGAAUCAAAUAAAGCUCGCUGAAAUGAUCAAUUCACCGAGGGAAAUGCAGCACUGGUAUCUGAUGCUAGGAUUUCAGCUGGCGCAACACGGUACCGAAGCGAAAGUACGCCAAGUGCUGGAUCAACUGUUGGGAACGUCGUUCCGUCUUGAAGACACUGCCAAAUCGACUAUUCUCGGUAUUUCAAAGUACACACUGUUCGAAGAAAUUUUGGAUCAACUCAAAACACAGCCAAAGUGGCAGCGAAUAUAUACUGAAUAUUCGGAGCAGCUGAAAUUUCGCAGGGGAGAACAACAGGAUGCGGAAAUGACCGCUGUCCAAGAAUAAGGUUCGUGCGAUGUUGUUCUGGUUUGGGCCAUGUUUUGGGGGGAUUUUUAUGGUGUCAAAGCAAGUGUAAAUAUGCGUUAUAAACGCCUAUAGGAAAGCAAUCAAA